GGGGGAGAAAUGGGUGCUUUUUGGAGUGGAAACGUGAAGAGAAGCCGUUUCCAUCCCAGGCUGAACGUGCAGCCUAUUGUUUCCUUCCAGACGUGACAGGGGGCUUUUUGUACCAUGUGCUGGCGCGUCGUCAGAAAAGUCGAUCAGCUCGGGGUUUAUUUUUAAUUCCCUUCUCACACAAGUUGUUUUUCUUUUCCUGAUUUAACAGUUGACACAUCGACUCUCCUGACGCGCCUUCGUGGCCAUGUGUCGUCUAUUGUGUCACGGCGUGAUCGCCGUGGAAGUUUGAACCUGAAGACGUUUUCUUUGUGCGUUAGAAAGGAAAACAGAAGACGUUCGUACGUCGAAGUUUGGUGCUGGUUUUCUCGAAGGAUGUCGACUUGACUGUCUGGUGAUGCUGUCGGGCAGUGAGACGGACGACGAGGACAGCGUGGACGCCCCCCUGGACCUGUCGUCCAGCACGGGAGGGAGCGGGAAGAGGAAACGGCGAGGGAAUUUACCCAAGGAGUCGGUGCAGAUCCUCAGAGACUGGCUGUACGAGCACCGCUACAACGCCUACCCCUCUGAGCAGGAGAAGGCGCUGCUGUCCAAGCAGACUCAGCUGUCCACACUGCAGGUGUGUAACUGGUUCAUCAACGCCCGGCGCCGACUUCUUCCAGAGAUGCUGAGGAAAGACGGCAAAGAUCCAAACCAGUUCACCAUCUCCAGGAAAGGCAGCAAGGCUGGAGACAGCUUCUCCGACAGCUCCCAGUCCCCCAAACACAGCAGCACCCCCGCUGGCACCGACGACAACUACGACAAACGCGCCCUCCACCCGUCCAGCUUUGAACCUGCCACGCCCGGUGUCCUGAGGAAGGCCGCCUCCCCCUCCACACCUUCUCCCACCUCUUCGUCCCCCUCCCCGGGCCUUAUACCCACCCGCCCCUCGGUCAUCUGUCACACCACUGUCACUGCAGCGAUCCAAGCUAGCCCCCCCUCCUGCCACCCCCCCGCCCUGGGAGUGAACUGUGACAGGGCAGCUGAGCUGCUGCAGUCGGCCCAGGCCCUGCUGCGGUGCCAAGACGAGGGUCCGGGCACGCAGCCGCUCCCCGCCACCACCACCACCAGCACCACCACCAUCCUCGGCAUGGAGGGCAACCUGAGCCCCCGCAGCGGGCUGUUCAACACCCCUCCACCCACUCCUCCAGACCUCACGCAGGACUUCAGCGGCUUCCAGCUCCUGGUGGACGUGGCCCUGAAGCGGGCCGCAGAGAUGGAGCUGCAGGCCAAACAGCUGGUCUCCUAAGAAGAGACCCAGGACUGGAGGAGGUGGAGGAGGUGGAGGAGGUGGAGGAGGAGACUGACUCUGUGGCUCCACUCUGGAACUCCUUUCCAGUCCACUGACAUUUUCUGCACGGGAACAGAACAAACCCACAUGAGAAGCCUGAUCAUUUCUAUUUUUGGAGGAGGAUUUUUUUUCUGCCCCAGUGACGGUGACCUCCGGUGACCUCCGGUGACCUACUCUCGUUUGGCUGUUUGUUGUUGAUUCAUUUCAUAUCCAUGUCUUUGUAUCUUUCAUGUGUAUCUUAUUUGCACACAGGGACCAAAAAUGUUAUCACAGAAAUGCUGCCUGUUCUUUGUAUCAUUUUGAGAGCUCCGCCCACACUCCCUCACGGACCAAUGGGAGGCGUCGGUGGAGACUGUUGAUGUUGACAUUUCAGAGACGGUUGCUGGUUGGUCUGCACACUGAAGGCAGAAGGUCAUCUCAGUGUCUUACAGCAGAAAACUUCUUCACUACUGUAGUACAAAUGUUCUGUCUUUUCAUUUUUUUUUCAUCUUAUUUUUUACUUUUAGAUAUUUUAAAAGCCUUUUUGUUCUUGAUGCUUUUUUUUUUACUCUCGUUCCCACGGAGGGAAUAUUCCAGAAGACCAAUGUAGCAGGUUCUCAGUCGGAGCCUUCAUCCCAUCGACUCAGAGGAAGACGACGGCCAGUGGACUGGAACACUGACACACUACAGACGACUACAGACUUUUCUUUUGUUAUUGAGAUCACCAAAAAAGACGUGGACCAUGUGGACCAUGUGGACCAUGUGGACGUGGGAUUGGACCAUGUGUAGAGUUGUCGUGACACCUCGCCCAAUGAUGUGAUUUCUUUUCAUACUGUGCAAUGUUUGUGGCAAACAGAGGUCACAUGGGAUUAAAUAAAGUUUUGUUUUUCUACAUCG